CCGACUCGGAAUAGAUUUUUGUCGAAAAUGAAAACCGAUACCUGUUUCAUUUGGUGUCGCGAAAAUCUAUCGGAUUUCGAUUUUUCGAACAUGAGCAAAUCCGAUAUUCGAAUCAGCUGUUUCUGUCCACCUCUGCAUUGUGAUUGUGGUAUUUUGUAGCAAAUAGCAAAUAAUUUAUUAAAUUUGUGCAUUUUUUGGUGAAAUAGCGAUAAAAAAACAUGAGUUCUGUUCUUUUAUUGCUUUUAAUUAUGGAAGAAGAGCGGUUAGAAAAAUUGAAGCGGAGAGUUUUACGAGAUCACAACAAUCCUCUGGAGCUUCCGGAGCCUGUAUUUGUAGCUCAUUAUCGGUUAAACAAAGAGGCAUUUGUAAUGGUGCUAAAUACUAUCGAAAGGUAUAUACCCCCAACUUCCAUUUCGUCAAUUCUUAAGCUGUGCGCAGUGCCUCGCUUCCUAGCAGAAGGAUCAUAUCAGCGUUCCGUAGGGAAUGAUAUGAAUAUAAGUUUGGGUAGAAGCAUUGUAUCUGAAACUUUGACGCAAAUUUGA